GACCGGAAGUCGCGUUCUUGUAUUUGUCAGUAGACUGAACUUUACAAACCAGCUAUUACUGUAGCAGCAAAGGCCCUUUUUUUAGUCCGUGAGUGUCGUUUUCGAAAUAUAUUUUCCCUCCUGCUACGAGCAUGGAACCUAAUGAUGCAGGCCGAGGAGGAUGGAGGUCCAAGCCUAUCCAGCCACAGAAAAACAAGAUGAACAUGAAUAUUCUCCGUCAAGAGAAGCUGAUCGCUCAAAAGAAGAAGGAGAUUGAGGCCAGAAUGGCAGAGCAGGCAAAAAUGACUGUACAAACCCCAAGCAAACCCCUUCCUCCGAGUUUCCCCAGUCUUCAAGGACCUUCUUCAAACAAGUUUUUAAAUGAUGGAAGCUUCUUACAGCAGUUCAUUAGGAUGCAGAAGGACAAACCCAACAAUGGUUCCACCAGUGAAACCAAAACUCCCACAACCUCAGCUUCAUCACCAGGAGGAAACGCACUGCAGAAAAAGAGCAUUCUGGUUGGCAAGCGGCCUGGCCUUGGAGUCAGUAGCAUGCUUAGUCAGUUCAAAAACUACUCCCACUCCAAGAAGAAUCCUGUUCUCAGCCAGAGGCCGAGUGUAUUUUGUUCUCCAGAUGAGGAAGAUGAGGAAGAAGAGGAUGAUUACUCCAGAUUCUUAGAAAUGAAAGUCUCUCCCCCAGAGGAUUCAGACACCAGACUCAUUAUCGACAAGAUGGCCUCUUUUGUGGCGGAGGGAGGAGCUGAGCUGGAGAGAAAGGCCAAGGAGGACUACAAGGACAAUCCUGUUUUCUCAUUUUUAUAUGAUAAGAGCAGCAUGGAGUAUCUCUACUUCAAAAACAGAGUUGCCGAAUUGAGAAAGAAUUUGCCAAGAUCUGAGAACACAUCAGAUAAUGUCUCCCCCCCAGUGGACGCGGAAACCCAGCAGUUGGCUGAGAAGCUGGCCAGGUUUGUGGCGGAGGGUGGCCCCGAGGUGGAAGCCAUCGCUGCUGAGCGUAACCGAGAAAACCCUGCUUUCAGUUUUUUAUAUGACCACCAAAGUCCAGCCCACCGCCUCUACAAAGAGAAACUACAGGAGUAUCGCGCUGCAGCAUCCCAGAGCUCUUCACUUCCAGCAGCAGAGUCGGGGACAGAUCCUCAGCGAUCAGCUGCUCCACCAAUAUCAGGAAUCCCACAACCCCACAAUCGGGAGGCAGAAACGCCACCUGUGAAACGGAAGAGAAAGAGUAGAUGGGGGUCUGAGGAUGACAAAGUCGAGUUGCCCAUUCUUCCCAUCAUUAUUCCUCAGGAGCUUAAUGUUCCGGACCCUCACACACCCUCUCUCUCUGCCCAGGAGCUGAGAGGUCUCGGUUAUAAGAAGGGGAAGCCUCUUGGUCUGGUAGGAGUGACAGAACUAUCUGAGGACCAGAAGAAACAGCUCAAAGAACAACAAGAGAUGCAAGAGCUGUAUGAAAUGAUCAUGAAGCACAAGCGUGCGAUGGCAGAGAUGCAGAUAAUGUGGGAGAAGGCCAUCAGAGACCACCAACAUGAAUACGACAGUGAUGAAGAAGUGGACCAGCAGUCGGGCACCUGGGAGCAUAAUCUCCGACACAUGGAAAUGGAGAAGACCCGCGAGUGGGCAGAAUCUCUGACAGAAAUGGGUAAAGGGAAACAUUUUAUUGGUGACUUCCUGCCUCCUGAGGAGCUGGAUAAGUUCAUGGAGACUUUCAAGGCACUGAAGGAUGGCCGAGACCCAGACUACUCAGAAUACAAAGAGUUCAAGUUGACGGUGGAGAAUCUCGGUUUCCGGAUGCUUAUGAAGAUGGGCUGGAAGGAAGGCGACGGCCUGGGCAGUGACGGACAGGGCAUUAGGGCUCCUGUUAACAAGGGAAUUACCGCUAUGAACGGAGCCGGGUUUGGAGUUGACCGUCCCGCUGAACUCUCAAAAAAUGACGAUGAGUAUGAUGCUUUUAGAAAGCGGAUGAUGCUUGCUUACCGCUUCAGGCCAAACCCACUGAAUAAUCCACGGAGACCAUAUUACUGAUGUAGAGGACUGUUUUUGUUUAUACUUGUUCUUGUUUAUCAUAACUUAAAAGCUGUUUUCUGCAGCUGCCACAGCUCUGCUUGCUUGUGAAAUGGAAAUUUUUAAAUUUGAAGUGUGUGACAAGUAGAAAUAUUGGUAGAUUCUCUAUGUUUGAGGUUUGAGGAUUUCGGUUAUAAAAAAACAAAAUCUAAAAUGUUUUCUUUAAAUAAUUGCUCAUUUUUGUUACAUUUCAAUUUAAUAUCGCAACAACUUAAAAUAUGUAGACUUACAUCGCCUCACUUCUGGAAUUAAUUUCACUCUUCAGUUUGUGUUACCAUUUUGUUCACUUUAAGAGCUUGACUUGACUUUGCAUUCCCAACUAUAUAACACGGUUCUGUAUUAGUACACAAUAUUUUGUAUUAAUUUUACAUUGAGUUAUUUCUCGCACUGUGCUAUAACUAAUUUCUGAUUCCUGUCAUGCAUCAGUGUUCACAAUAAAGAAAAAUGGUCACUUACUGAAACGUGGAGUUGUCACAGAU